AUGGAUAAUUGUAAUCCUGUUGGCACACCCAUGGAAACCGGAUGUAAGUUGAUAAAAUCUGAUGAAUCUCCUCUUGUUGAUCAAAGAGAGUAUCAGUCUAUGAUAGGCAGUCUUUUAUAUCUUACUGCUUCUAGACCUGAUCUAAUGCACUCUGUUUGUCAAGUUGCUAGAUAUCAAGCAAGUCCUCACCAAUCUCAUCUCAAUGUUGUUCAUCGUAUCUUUAAAUACAUACAGGGUACUUUGGAUUAUGGUUUGUGGUAUCCAAAAAAUGAUGAUUUUAAUCUACUUGGUUAUACAGAUGCUGAUUGGGGUGGCUGUAAAGAUGAUCAGCGAAGUACUAGUGGUGCUGCAUUUUUCUUAGGUGAUUGGUUAGUUGCUUGGAACAGUAAAAAACAAGACUGUGUUACAAUUUCUACUGCUGAGUCUGAAAUUAUUGCUGCCACCGCAUGUUGUACUCAAUUACUUUGGAUGUCAUAUCAUCUUUCAGAUUUGUGUAUUACGGUUCCUAAACCGAUGAAGAUUCUUUGUGAUAAUAUUAGUGCUAUACAGAUUUCCAAAAAUCCUGUUAUGCAUUCUCGAACUAAACAUGUGGCUAUCAAAUUGCAGUUUAUUCGUGAACAAGUGUCCUCCAAUGAAGUCAUCCUUAUUCAUGUGCCUUCUAAAUUGCAAGUUGCAGAUAUUUUUACCAAAGCACUACCACGAGCCUUGUUUGAACAACUCCGCACUCGAUUGGGAGUUAUCUCUCAAUCUCUGCUGGCUCAAUAA